AUGGCCGAGCAUUUACAAAUACUUUUUUUGUCUUUUCCACAAUUUGCUUUCCGGUCGGUCCCCCAGUCACAAGUCGUGGUUUUUGUGUGGUUGAGUUUUUUCUCUCCGACCCCCGCAGGAAACGCCUUCGUGGUGAGCCUGGCGCUGGCCGACCUGCUGGUGGCCAUCUACCCGUACCCGCUGGUGCUGUCGGCCAUCUUCCACGACGGCUGGAUCGCCGGCUACAUCCACUGCCAGAUCAGCGGCUUCCUGAUGGGCCUGAGCGUCAUCGGCUCCAUCUUCAACAUCACGGGCAUCGCCGUCAACCGCUACUGCUUCAUCUGCCACAGCCUGAAGUACGACCGGCUCUUCUCGGGCGCCAACACCGUGGGCUACGUGGCGCUGGUGUGGGCGCUCACCGUCCUGGCCAUCGUGCCCAACUGGUUCGUGGAGUCGCUGCAGUACGACCCGCGCGUCUACUCCUGCACCUUCGCCCAGUCCGUCAGCUCGCUGUACACCAUCGCCGUGGUGGUGGUGCACUUCGUCCUGCCCAUCGCCGUGGUCACCUACUGCUACCUGCGCAUCUGGAUCCUGGUCAUCCGGGUGCGGCGCCGCGUCAAGCCCGACUCGCGGCCCAAGAUCAAGCCGCACGACCUGCGCAACUUCCUCACCAUGUUCGUGGUCUUCGUGCUCUUCGCCGUGUGCUGGGCGCCGCUCAACCUCAUCGGCCUGGCGGUGGCGCUGGACCCCGGGCUGGGCCGCGCCAUCCCGGAGUGGCUCUUCACCGCCAGCUACUUCAUGGCCUACUUCAACAGCUGCCUCAACGCCGUCGUCUACGGCGCCCUGAACCACAACUUCAGGAAGGAGUACAAGCGCAUCGUCCUCAUCAUCUUCAGGUUCCACUGCUGAGGGGCGGGGCUAGCGCCCGAGGAAGGACGCGUAUGGGAUACCAGGGUCAUCGGCGCCACUUUCGGCUCUAUCGUGCUGCAUUCGGGGACACCGGGAGAGUUCGGGAAUUUCACUGAGGUCGAGAACAAACACGGCGAAAGCCCGGAUUAUGCUAGCUUGCAAUUCUCUUUCUGAACACCGGAGGCAGCGUUGGCGACCACAACUCCCAGAGAUGUUCAACGGUGAUAAACUUUCCCAUUUACAUUAAAACGAUCGUCAAAUUGCGAUUGGUAACACUUUGAUAAACUCUGCAAGCAAGCUAGCACCAGCUAGCUUAAACCCUAACGCGAAAACAAGAGACAUUAAUGUCUUUCCUUAAUAAAAGACGACAUUACCCAAUCGACUCCACCAUAUUCAACGUGAGAUCGACCCACACAUUUUUUCUUUAGCAUUAAAAACAAAAUUGAGAACUUAUGUAGACCAUGA